AUGGUUGGAGACAAUGUUCGUCAAACAGUGGAACCGUCUUCCAGUCAAGACUCGGAUAAUUUAUUGUCCUCGCAGGCGUCCAAAGAUAUGCCAACAGCCAGAGAGGCUCGACAGUGCAGGAGAAUUGCUCAGCUUGAGCAGAAGCUGAAGACGCUUGAGGCUGGGCGAGCCGUUAAAGAAAGGCAGACAAACCAUUUUGUAGCUCAAGGAAGGGCUAUAAGACGGGUAGUGGCUCUGUAUGAUAAUGCGGAGGACCUCAUAACUAAGAAUAAUAGACGUUAUGAAGAGGACGGCAGUACGAAGGAUCAGGAUCGCCUCCAGUUGGGAUAUGUCGCCCUGAACAUCUUCUUUCCUUGGUUGCAAAAGAAGUCUGAAGCUAUGGACUAUGACGAGUAUAGCCAUAUGUUAAAAAUGCUUAGGCAGGGUGCUGAUAUGGCUAGAGGUAAUGAUACCGCUAAGCUAAAGCGCCUUGUUGCAGAAUGGGUCAAUAUGGACUCUGAGGCCACACCAGACCCACGCAUUGACUGUGACGACAAACACUAUCGCGGCUUCAUCAAUGAUGCUUGCGGUAGACUACUCUGUCCUGCAGAACUUGAUUGGAAUGACCCAAUUGUCAAGGCCGGCAUACGCAAUCGCUCUGAUGGGUAUCUUGUCACGGAUCUUUCUUUUCCCGCCUUCCUCUAUGAAAGGUAUACUGCUAACGCGCAAAACCUGGAGGAGGGACUCUUCAAAGGGAAAAUACUUGUUCAGGCCUACAAAGCGGUCUUCACUUCACCCUCCUCUGCCAAGGAUGUUGAGGCUGAUGGUGAUGGCGCAGAUAUUACUGCUAGCAACAGAAGGGCACAGAAGGGCUGCAAUGGUAUCAAAGUCAAGAAACAUGUGAGGUUCGCUCUCUCUUCUGUCACCUCCUGGCGUUCAGUAGAUGGAGAUUUCGACUACGUUCAAUUUUGGAGGACUAUAGUUGAUUUUUUUGAGAAGCCACCUGGGCGCACCGCCAGGCGCAGGGUUGACAUGCUUAUUGAGUGGUGGACCAGGUAUGUUAUUUAUUUGGUCUUAAGGCUUUACUAA